AUGCGUGAUGCGGAGGCAGUUUCGGAUGCAGAGAGCAUCACGUCCACCACCUCCGCUACCUCACGCCUGUAUUAUGAGAGCGAUCAAUCCUUGUCAAGUGCAGACGAAUCGGCUGAUGAGGUGGUUCCACACGGUGGCGGCGACCGUCGGAAGCCGACGCUGCGCGACAUGCAGGAGGUUCUCGAGGAGCACUGUCUUCUAGAGGAAGUGCUGAGCGAAAAGGAAGCCUCGCUGUCCGGCCUGCAAAAGGAGCUGAGUGAGAAGGAAGCCUCGCUGUCCGGCCUGCAGAAGAAGCUGAGUGAGAAGGAAGUGUGCGCGAGCGAGCAGAGCAUGUAG